AUGGGGCUAAGAGUUGCCAGCCUUUUUAUGCUCUGGCUGGCUCUUUCCUAUGCAAAUGAAAUAAGAAAAGGCAGGACAAGAAACCAUGGUCACUAUGUCUGCAGCACUUGGGGAAACAACCAUUUCAAAACUUUUGAUGGAGACAUCUACCAAUUCCCUGGCAUUUGCGAGUAUAAUUUUGCUUCUGACUGCCGAGAGCCUUACAAGGAGUUCUCUAUCCAUAUUCAGCGUGCUCUGAACACCAAUAACCACCCUGAGAUCCAGUAUAUUCUGCUAACAAUCAAGGACUUUACACUGUACCUCAGACCAAAACUGGUUGUUGUGGAUGGGCAGAUUGUGAAGACACCUUACUACAGCUCCGGUGUGGUCAUUGAGAGCAAUGACAUUUACACAAAGGUUUAUGCCAAAUUAGGCCUGAUUCUGAUAUGGAAUCAAGAAGAUGCACUGAUGGUAGAGCUGGACAGGAAAUUUAAUAACCAUACAUGUGGUCUGUGUGGGGAUUAUAAUGGAGUUCCAGUUUACGAUGAGUUUAUCAAUGGAGAUGAAAGCUACAAUUCAAUUACAUACGGGAAUUUACAGAAGAUCAACAAACCCAAUGCCAAGUGUGAAGAUCCUGAUGAAACUCAGGCUCUUCCAAGCUGCAAUGGGCAUCGUGAUGAGUGUGAGAGGCUGCUGACUUCCUCUGCAUUUGCUGAUUGUCGUUUACGUCUUAAUUUGGAAAUGUACAUCCAAGCCUGCAUGCAGGACAAGUGUGCAUGUAAUGGAAGUGAGGACUCCUUCUGCCUCUGCAGCACCAUCUCUGAGUAUUCUCGCCAGUGCUCACAUGCGGGUGGCCGGCCGGGUGAAUGGAGGACACACAGCUUUUGCCCUAAAACCUGUCCUGAUACCAUGAUCUACAGAGAAAGCAGCUCACCCUGCAUGGAUACUUGCUCACACUUGGAGAUCAGCAGCCUUUGUGAGGAACACUACAUGGAUGGUUGUUUCUGUCCUGAAGGAGCUGUGUAUGAUGAUAUUACUGAAAAAGGAUGCAUACCUGUUAGCCAGUGCCACUGCAAACUCCAUGGAAAUGAGUAUUCACCUGGAGCAAGCAUUACCAAUGAAUGUGAAGAAUGCACCUGUGAUUCAGGCAGAUGGACAUGCAAAGAUUUACCUUGUCCAGGCACAUGUUCAGUGGAAGGAGGCUCCCAUAUUACCACCUUUGAUGGGAAGAAAUACACCUUCCAUGGAGACUGUUAUUAUGUGUUGUCCAAGGGUUUUGUAAAUGACAGUCAUGCUCUCCUGGCAGAACUGGCUCCCUGCGGCUCCACAGACAGGCAGACCUGUUUGAAAACUGUUGUGCUGCUAGUAGAUGACAAAAAAAAUGUCGUGGUUUUCAGAUCAGAUGGCAGUGUGUUACUAAAUGAGAUGACCAUGAACGUGCCUCAUGUGUCAGCCAGCUUCUCGGUAUUCAAGCCAUCUUCCUACUACCUUGUUGUACAAACUUCUUUUGGGCUUCAGCUGCAAAUCCAAUUGUUUCCAGUCAUGCAGCUGUUUGCAACUGUGGAUCAAUCAGUUCAAGGAAAACUUCAAGGUCUUUGUGGAAACUUUAAUGGAAUGGAAGGUGAUGACUUUAAAACAACCAGUGGGCUGGUAGAAGCUACAGGAUCUGCCUUUGCUAACACAUGGAAGGCCCAAUCCACCUGUACAGACCAGGCAGAAAAGCUGGAAGACCCCUGUAGUCUCAGCAUUGAAAGUGCAAAUUAUGCUGAGCAUUGGUGUUCUUUGCUGAAAAACUCAGAGGGUCCUUUUGCGAAAUGUCACUUAAUCAUUGAUCCGUCAGAAUACUAUAAGAAAUGUAAAUAUGACACCUGCCUCUGUGAAGACAGUGAAGAAUGCUUGUGCGCUGCCCUGUCCUCCUACUCAAGAGCCUGUGCUUUCAAAGGGAUCAUACUGGGAGGCUGGAGGCAAAGUGUCUGCACUAGUGAAGUGUCUGCCUGCCCAGGAAAUCAAAUCUUCCUUUACAACCUUACAAUGUGCCAGCAAACCUGUCGUUCCUUUGCUGAUGGUGAAAAGCAUUGCUUGCAAGACUUGGCUCCUGUGGAUGGCUGUGGGUGCCCAUAUAAUACAUACUUGGAUAACCAGGAUACCUGUGUGCCCAUCUCCAAGUGCCCAUGUUAUUACAAGGGAUCAUACCUGGAACCAGGGGAAUAUGUCACAAAAGAUGGGGAACGCUGUGUUUGCCGAAAUGCAAAGAUCCAGUGUACUUCAGUGACAGUAAGAAUGCAAAGUGUAACAGAAUGUUCUUCUAACAAGACGUACUUUGACUGCAAUGCAUCCCCAAGCUGGAAUUCACAAACACCUGUACAACUUAGCUGUCACACUCCUCAAACUGAUCAUUUCCAGGCAGAGUGUGUCUCAGGCUGUGUGUGUCUGGAGGGUCUAUUUGAUGAUGGGAAAGGGGGCUGUGUGGAGGAGAAGGACUGCCCGUGCAUUCAUAACAACCAGUGGUAUUCUCCUGGACAGCAGGUAACAGUGGACUGCAACAUCUGUACCUGCCAAAAAGGGGUUUGGAGCUGCACUGAAGAUGUGUGCUAUGGCACUUGUAUGAUAUAUGGAAGUGGCCAUUAUAUCACCUUUGAUGGAAAAUUCUAUGACUUUGAUGGAAGCUGUGAAUAUGUGGCUACUCAGGAUUUUUGUGGUGACAGAAAUUCCAGCGGCUCAUUCAGUAUCAUCACAGAGAAUGUCCCUUGUGGAACUACAGGAGUUACCUGCUCAAAGGCUAUUAAAAUGUUUCUAGGGAAAACUGAAUUGAAAUUGGAGAACAAAGAUUAUAAAGAAAUUCAGCGAGAUACUGGUGAUGAUGUACAUUAUUGGAACAAGACAGUAGGCCUCUACCUCGUUAUUGAGGCUAGCAAUGGUGUGAUGCUUAUCUGGGAUAAGAAGACUACUGUUUUCAUCAAGCUGACCCCUGAUUACAAAGGCAAAGUGUGUGGUCUGUGUGGCAACUUUGAUGACAAGUCUAACAAUGACUUUACAACAAGGAGUGGGCUGCAGGACACUAGUGCUCUGAAGUUUGGGAAUUCCUGGAAACAGUCUUCCAUGUGCCCAGAUGUUACAGAAGAGAUAAAGCCCUGUGAUGUAAAUCCACAUCGGAAGUCCUGGGCAGAGAAAGAAUGCAGCAUCAUCCAGAGUGAAGUCUUUAAAAUUUGUCACUCCAAGGUGGACCCAAUUCCUUUCUAUGAAGCUUGUGUUCAUGAUGCUUGCUCUUGUGACAGUGGUGGAGAUUGUGAGUGCUUCUGUUCUGCAGUUGCUGCAUAUGCUCAAGAAUGUACCAAGCACCAGGCCUGUGUUUUCUGGAGAACUCCUGAUAUAUGCCCGAUAUUUUGUGACUACUACAACCCUCGUAAUGAGUGUGACUGGCACUAUGAGCCUUGUGGUGCUAAUAUCAUGACUUGCAGGAUAAUUAAUAAUGUCAGCACCAACUUUUCAAUACCAUACCUGGAAGGUUGCUAUCCCAGAUGCCCUGAUGACAAGCCUGUUUAUAAUGAAGAGACAAAGGAAUGUGUGACUGAAGAUCAAUGUUGGUGUUACAUCAAUGGAACUCAUGUUCCUCCUGGGCAUGAAAUAACCACAGAAGAGAACUGUACAAAAUGUGUCUGUGGUCCCUCAGGAUCUAUACAGUGUACACCAAUCCCAGGAUGUCCUUGUGUCAUCAACGGAACAAGUUAUGAAGUGGGUGAAAUUGUGGCACAAAUACAGGAUGGUAACAUAUGCAUCACAUACGUUUGUGCAGAAAAUGGUUCUAUAGUUGUUGGAAGUACUUAUCCUUGUCCGACAUCUACUUCACCUACAACCAUUUCAACCUCCUUUCCUACCAGUACUCUAACCACCACAGUUACCACUACAAGCCCUCCAAUAACUACAACUCCAUGCUUUGGUUUAAUCUGUAAUUGGACUGAGUGGUUUGAUGUUAGUAAACCUGAAGAGGAUGGUGGUGACUAUGAAACCUACGAUGCAAUAAGAAAUCAAUAUGGAAACAAAAUAUGUGAAGCUCCUGAAAAUAUUGAGUGCAGGGCUAAAGAUAAUCCAGAUGUUAGUUUAGAGGAACUUGGCCAGAAAGUAGAGUGUAAUGUUACAUAUGGACUAAUCUGUAAAAAUGAGGAGCAAGAUGCAACUAUUUGGCAACUUUGUUAUAAUUAUGAAAUCAGGGUAAAUUGUUGUGAGUGGCAUGAAAUUUCUUGUGAGACUGCAAGUACACGGCAUCCAACACAAACUGCAACUGCAACCACCACUAGCACAACAGUACCCAUCACCAGUACAGCCAGGCAGCCAACAACAAUUACCACCACAUCCAUACCCACCUCAACAAUCACAAGCGAAUUCACACCGUCGGUUACCACCCCAGUAACUCCAACCUCUCCAGGAAGACCCUCAUCCGCAAUGAGCACAGGGUCUUUUCCACCCCUGUCGACAACCACUCCCAUGCCAACACCAUCAGAGCCUCCCAGUAGCACUGCCAGCACCUUGAUGCCCCCCAGCACCACGACGCCCCCCAGCACCACCACCAGCAGCACUGCGGGGACAUCAGCAACCGUUCCUGCCACAUCAACACUCACCCUAACUACUGCGAGCACAUCCACACCCAUGCCAACGUACACCACCACCACACCACCUCCAGAAUGUGACUGUGUCUGGACAGACUGGAUUGAUGUGAGUUACCCAGAUAGUUCUGACAGAAACAGUGGUGACUAUGAAACCUUUGAGAAUAUUCUGAAGAACGACCCCUCCUGGGUCUGUGUGAAAGCGGAGAAUAUUUCAUGCAGAGCAGAAAAGUUCCCUACCGUUCCCAUUGCGGAUUUAGGGCAGAAGGUGGAAUGCAGUGUUAACACGGGGCUGACCUGUAACAACAGCGAUCAGGUCAUAGGAGGCAUAAUGCUGAUACCGGUCUGCCUCAAUUAUGAGAUCAGUGUCUGCUGCAUCCCCAACAUACCAGAGUGCAUUCCCACAAGUGCCACCACGAGCACCACGACAGCCCUUCCUUCAUCCACAAUGAGCACAGGGUCCUUUCCAUCCAUGUCAACAACCACUCCCACGCCAAAACCAUCAGAGCCUCCCACCACCACCACCAUCAGCACCCAGGAGACAUCAGAAAGCAUUCUUCCCACCUCAACAACCCCCCAAAUAAUAACCGUAACACCAACAGCUCCUCCUACAGAACGACAAGAAUUAACUACAACCACCAUGAGCACCACAACUUCAGGAUCACCCACACCAGAGCCUACAACCAGCACUUCUGUAUCACCACCACCGGUACCUACAUCCCCAGUGACAUCCUCCACAUCUAGAGUCACUGAAAAAGAAUCAACCACCGAAACCACCACAUCAAGACCCACACCCUCAGGAACCCCUCAACACAGCACCACAAUUGUAACGAAAACAUCAAGCCACGAGACGACCUCCACUGGGACAAGGAGCCCCACAGGCACAUCACCUACAACCACCAUAAGCACCACAACUCCAGGAUCACCCACGCCACAGCCUACAACCAGCACUACUGUAUCACCACCACUGGUACCUACCACCUCUGUGACAGCCACCACGUCUGGAGUCACUGAAUCAGGAUUGACCACCAAAACCACCAUAUCAAGCCCCACACCCUCAGGACCUCCUCCCGCCACUACCAGAGUGGUAACAGAGACAUCUCGUCCUUUGACAACAACUGCAACUAGCAGUAUGUUAACAAGAUCACCUGUUACCACCACCACAACUCCAGGAUCACCCACGCCAGAGCCUACAACUAGCACUACUGUAUCACCACCACCCUUAUCAACAACCCCAGUGACAGCCACCACAUCUGGUGUCACUGAAAUAGGAUUGACCGCCAAGACUACCAUAUCAAGCCCAACACCCUCAGGACCUCCUGCCCCCACUACCACAGUGGUAACAGAGACAUCUCGUCCUUUGACACCAACUGCAACUAGCAGUAUGUUAACAAGAUCACCUGUUACCACCACCACAACUCCAGGAUCACCCACGCCAGAGCCUACUACAAGCACUACUGUAUCACAGACACCGGUACCUACAAUCUCUGUGACAGCCACAACAUCUGGAGUCACUGAAACAGGAUCGACCACCAAGACCACCACAUCAGGACCCACACCCUCAGGAACCCCUCAACACAGCACCACAACUGUAACUGAAACAUCGAGCCAUGAGACCACGUCCACUGGGACAGGGAGCUCCACAAGCACAUCACCUACAACCACCAUAAGCACCACAACUUCAGGAUCACACAUGCCUGAGCCUAUAAGCAGCACUACUGUAUCACCACCACUGGUACCUACAACCUCUGUGACGGCCACCACAUCUGGAGUCACUGUAACAGAAUCGACCACCAAAACCACCACAUCAAGCCCCACACCCUCAGGAACCCCUCAACACAGCAGCACAAUUGUAAUGGAAACAUCGAGCCAUGAGACCACCUCCGCUGGGACGAGGAGCCCCACAAGCGCAUCACCUACAAUCACCAUAAGCACCACAAUUCCAGGAUCACCCACGCCAGAGCCUAUAACCAGCACUACUGUAUCACCACCACCCUUAUCAACAACCCCAGUGACAGCCACCACAUCCAGUGUCUCUGAAUCAGGACUGACCACCAAAACCACCAUAUCAAGACCCACACCCGCAGGACCUCCUAUCUCCACUACCACAGUGGUAACAGAGACAUCUCGUCCUUUGACACCAACUGUAACUACCAGUACAUCAGCAGGAUCAACUGUUAGCACCAUCACAAUUUCAGGAUCACCCAUGCCUGAGCCUACUACAAGCACUACUGUAUCACCUCCCCUGGUAUCAGCAACCCCAGUGACAGCCACCACGUCUGGAGUCACUGGAACAGGAUCGACCACCAAAACCACCACAGCAAUACUCACACCAUCAGGAACCCCUCAACCUACCACCACAAUUGUAACGGAAACAUCGAGCCAGGAGACCACCUCCACUGGGACGGGGAGCCCCACAAGCACAUCACCUACAACGACCAUAAGCACCACAACUCCAGGAUCACCCACACCAGAGCCUAUAACCAGCACUACUGUAUCACAACCCCUGGUAUCAGUAACCCCAAUGACAGCCAUAACAUCUGGAGUCACUGAAACAGGAUCGACCACCAAAAGCACCACAUCAAGACCCACACCCUCAGGAACCCCUCGACACAGCACCACAAUUGUAACUGAAACAUCGAGCCAUGAGACCAUGUCCACUGGGACAGGAAGCCCCACAAGCACAUCACCUACAACCACCAUAAGCACCACAACCCCAGGAUCACCCAUGCCACAUCCUACAACCAGCAUUACUGUAUCACCACCACUGGUAGCUACAACCCCAGUGACAGCCACCACGUCUGGAGUCACUGAAUCAGUAUUGACCACCAAAACCACCAUAUCAAGCCCCACACCCUCAGGACCUCCUGCCCCCACUCCCACAGUGGUAUCAGAGACAUCUCGUCCUUUGACAACAACUGCAACUAGCAGUACAUCAGCAAGAUCAACUGUUAUCACCAUCACAAGUUCAGGAUCACCCACGCCAGAGCCUACAACUAGCACUACUCUAUCACCACCACCCUUAUCAACAACCCCAGUGACAGCCACCACAUCUGGUGUCACUGAAAUAGGAUUGACCACCAAGACUACCAUUUCAAGCCCAACACCCUCAGGACCUCCUGCCCCCACUACCACAGUGGUAACAGAGACAUCUCGUCCUUUGACACCAACUGCAACUAGCAGUAUGUUAACAAGAUCACCUGUUACCACCACCACAACUCCAGGAUCACCCACGCCAGAGCCUACUACAAGCACUACUGUAUCACAGACACCGGUACCUACAAUCUCUGUGACAGCCACCACGUCUGGGGUCACUGAAACAGGAUUGACCACAAAAACCACCACAUCAAGCCCUACACCCUCAGGAACCCCUCAACACAGCACCACAAUUGUAACUGAAGCAUCGAGCCAUGAGACCACGUCCACUGGGACAGGGAGCCCCACAAGCACAUCACCUACAACCACCAUAAGCACCAAAACUUCAGGAUCACCCAUGCCUGAGCCUAUAACCAGCACUACUGUAUCACCUCCCCUGGUACCUACAACCUCUGUGACAGCCACCACGUCUGGAGUCACUGAAACAGGAUUGACCACCAAAACCACCACAUCAAGCCCCACACCGUCAGGAACCCCUCAGCAUAGCACCACAAUCGUAAUGGAAACAUUGAGCCAUGAGACCAUGUCCACUGGGACAGGGAGCCCCUCAAGCACAUCACCUACAACCACCAUAAGCACCACAACUCCAGGAUCACCCACGCCACAGCAUACAACCAGCACUACUGUAUCACCACCACUGGUGCCUACAACCUCUGUGACAGCCACCACGUCUGAAGUCACUGAAUCAGGAUUGACCACCAAAACCACCAUAUCAAGCCCCACACCCUCAGGACCUCCUCCCGCCACUACCACAGUGGUAACAGAGACAUCUCGUCCUUUGACAACAACUGCAACUAGCAGUACAUCAGCAAGAUCAACUGUUACCACCAUCACAAGUUCAGGAUCACCCACGCCAGAGCCUACAGCUAGCACUACUGUAUCACCACCACCCUUAUCAACAACCCCAGUGACAGCCACCACAUCUGGUGUCACUGAAAUAGGAUUGACCGCCAAGACUACCAUAUCAAGCCCAACACCCUCAGGACCUCCUGCCCCCACUACCACAGUGGUAACAGAGACAUCUCGUCCUUUGACACCAACUGCAACUAGCAGUAUGUUAACAAGAUCACCUGUUACCACCACCACAACUCCAGGAUCACCCACGCCAGAGCCUACUACAAGCACUACUGUAUCACAGACACCGGUACCUACAAUCUUUGUGACAGCCACCACGUCUGGUGUCACUGAAACAGGAUCGACCACCAAGACCACCACAUCAGGACCCACACCCUCAGGAACCCCUCAACACAGCACCACAAUUGUAACUGAAACAUCGAGCCAUGAGACCACGUCCACUGGGACAGGGAGCUCCACAAGCACAUCACCUACAACCACCAUAAUCACCACAACUUCAGGAUCACCCAUGCCUGAGCCUACAACCAGCACUACUGUAUCACCACCACUGGUACCUACAACCUCUGUGACAGCCACCACGUCUGGAGUCACUGAAACAGGAUUGACCACCAAAAACACCACAUCAAGCCCCACACCCUCAGGAACCCCUCAACACAGCACCACUAUUGUAAUGGAAACAUUGAGCCAUGAAACCAUGUCCACUGGGACAGGGAUCCCCAGAAGCACAUCACCUACAACCACCAUAAGCACCACAACUCCAGGAUCACCCACGCCAGAGACUGCAACUAGCACUACUGUAUCACCCCCCCUAGUAUCAACAACCCCAGUGACAGCAACCACGUCUGGAGUCACUGAAACAGGAUUGACCACCAAAACCACUACACCAAGCCUCACACCUUCAGGAACCACUCAACACAGCACCACAAUUGUAACGGAAACAUCGAGCCACAAGACCACGUCCACUGGGACAGGGAGCCCAACGAGCACAUCACCUACAACCACCAUAAGCACCACAAGUCAAGGAUCACCCACGCCACAGCCUACAACCAGCACUACUGUAUCACCACCACUGGUAUCAACAACCCCAGUGAUAGCCACCACAUCUGGCAUCUCUGAAACUGGUUCGACCACCCAAAAAACCAUAUCAAGCCCCACACCUUCAGGACCUCCUCCCGCCCCUACCACAGUGGUAACAGAGACAUCUGGUCCUUUGACAACAACUGCAACUAGCAGUACAUUAACAAGAUCAGCUGUUACCACCAUCACAAGUUCAGGAUCACCCACGCCAGAGCCUACAAGUAGCACUGCUGUAUCAUCACCUCCGGUAUCAACAACCCCAGUGACAGCCACCACGUCUGGAGUCACUGAAACAGGAUUGACCACCAAAAGUACCACUUCGGGCCUCACAACUUCCGAACUGUUUCCCUUCAGCACCCCGACAGUAACAGGAACUGGUAGCCCCCUGUCAAGCACUGCAGCUUACGCUACUUUAGUAAGAUCUACUGCUAUCAACACAGCAACAACUGUGGGGCUAUCUUCUGCAGAGCCUACAGCCAGCAUAACUGUACCUCAGUCAUCCGUAUCAAGUCCCAUGUCAGUCACCACCUCUGGUACAACUCCAACAGAGUCUUUUACCAUGACUUCAGGAACUACCUCUAGUAAUUUUACCACAAUCACUGCAACCACCACCACCUCUGGAAUUCUUUCCUCUGGCUCAACUAGUAUGUCUGUUCCAAUUGCUACCUCAAGUGCAGUCACCAUUCCAGGAAGCUCUACAUACAGUACAGUUACUAAAUUCAGUGCUUCGAGUUCAACUCUAAGUCUACCACCAACCACUCCUGGAAAAAAUUGUUCUAUUUCACCUAACGAAUCUUACGCGCCAGGUGAAUCAUGGUGGCUCUGCAACUGCACUAAGGCCAUAUGCAUAGAAGAUGAUGUAAUCCAGGUGGUUCCCAUAAUCUGUAAUCCACCUCCUAAACCUACAUGUGCCAAUGGUCUUUCUCCUGUACAAGUCAUUGAUGAGGAUGGAUGCUGUUGGCACUGGGAAUGUGACUGCUACUGCAUUGGCUGGGGAGACCCACAUUACAUGACUUUCGAUGGACUGUACUACAGCUAUCAAGGGAAUUGUACAUAUGUCCUUGUGGAAGAGAUUGAUAAGAAAGUUGACAACUUUGGUGUCUACAUUGAUAACUACAAUUGUGAUGUACGGGAUGUAGUCUCCUGUCCUCGAACACUCAUUGUGAGACAUGAGACUCAGGAAGUGCGCAUAGCAACAGUCAAACAAAAUACUCUGCAAGUAGAGGUGACAGUAAACAAACAGGAAGUGGCUUUGCCUUAUAAAAAAUUUGGUGUGAGUAUCUAUGAAUCAGGCAUAAAUCGCGUAGUGGAAAUUCCUGAACUAAAAAUGAAUGUGACCUACAAUGGCUUGUCCUUUUCUAUCAGAAUGCCCUACAGCCUGUUUGGCAACAACACUCAUGGACAGUGUGGUACUUGCAAUAACAACACGGCAGAUGACUGCAUGUUGCCAAAUGGAAACAUUGCAGAAAAUUGUGAAGUUAUGGCAGAUCACUGGCAAGUUAUUGAUCCCUCCAAACCACAAUGCUCUCCAGGCCUAAUUCCUACAAAAGCACCUAACACAACUCCAACGCCUUGCAAAGACUCUUCCAUCUGCGAGCUUCUUUUGGGAAGUGUGUUUGAGCCGUGCCAUGGCCGUGUCCGGCCUGAAAAGUACUAUUCAGCCUGUGUUUUUGAUAGUUGCGUACUUCCCAACUUAGACCUGGAAUGCUCAAGUCUGCAGAUCUAUGCUGCCACCUGUGCUGAUCAAAGUGUAUGCAUUGACUGGAGAAGUCAUACAAAUGGUGUUUGCUCUUAUACAUGCCCCUCAGAUAAAGAAUACAGAGCAUGUGGUCCUAUUAAAGAGAUAACCUGCAAAUCAAGCCAGCAAAAUGAAACUUCAACUAAACAAGUGGAAGGCUGUUUCUGUCCUAAUGGAACAAUGCUGUAUGACUCUGGUGUGAAUGUCUGUGUAAAAACAUGUGGCUGUGUUGGAGUGGAUAAGAUAUCAAGAGAGUUUGGGGAAAAGUUUACAGUAGACUGUCAGGACUGUAUUUGCCUGGAAGGUGGAAAUGGCAUUGUAUGUAAGCCUCAUGAAUGUGCCAAACAAAAUAAGACCACUUGUGAUGGAGAAGGCCUCCAUGAAGUCAGUGAAGUCAAUCCUGAUGACUCCUGCUGCCCCAUUAUCACAUGCAAAUGCAAUACAAGCUUGUGCACAACUAAUGCCCCCAGGUGUACACUGGGAUUUGAAGUUCAUUCUCACAUUCCCAGGGGCCAAUGCUGUCCUGUGUACCAGUGUGUUUCCAAGGGGGUUUGUGUACAUCAGAAUGCUGAAUUCUUGCCUAAUUCCUCAGUCUUUGUUGAUAAGUGUCAGAAUUGUUUCUGCACUAAUGAAGUUAACGUCAGCACUCAACUGAAUAUCAUCUCAUGUGAACAUAUUCCAUGCAACACAGAUUGCAAACCAGGAUAUGAACAUCAACCAGUGGAAGGUGAAUGUUGUGGAAGAUGUGUGCAGACUAAGUGUAUUAUACAAACAGCCAACAAUUCUGACCUCAUCUUGAGCCCUGGAGAGUUUGAAAAUGAUCCUAACAACAACUGCACCAUUUAUAGCUGUGUAAAUAUCCAGAACCAUCUUCUCUCUUCUAAAUCUGAGAUAACCUGCCCAGCGUUCAAUGAAGACAGCUGCAAACCCGGAACUAUUGCAUUCUUACCUAACGGUUGUUGCAAAACCUGUAUACCCCUGGAUAGUCCUACACCGUGUUCUGUCCGUCAAAGGAAAGACUUUAUCCUCUAUAAGGGCUGUCGUUCUGUGGACAGAGUUGUCAUGACUGAAUGUGAAGGAACAUGUGGAACCUUCUCGCUAUAUUCUGCUGAGGCCAAUUUUCUGGACCACAGCUGUUCCUGCUGCAGGGAAUCAAGGACUACCAUGAAGGAAGUGAAACUGAAAUGUCCCUCUGGGAGUUCAAUUUCACACAAGUAUAUAUAUGUGGAAAGCUGCAGCUGUCAAGACACUGAAUGCAGCAACUCACGGUCCAGUGAGCUGCAGACCACAGAAGAAAAUGAUGAGGCAAGCACUGUAGACCGUAUCAAGAGGGCCAUCAGCUUAACAUCAAAAUGAACAGGAAAAAAACUAGCAGCAUUCAACUAAAAGGGUUAUGCACCAUUCUCAUCUUCCUUGACAACUUUUGAACUUUACUUUUCCCAGUUACUGUAUCCUGUUUGUUCUCUGAUUAUUUUUAACAGUGCUGUAUUUAUUUGUGCACAAAAUAAGAACACAGAUUUGUAUUCUUCCAAGUGCACAGCCUGUUGGUUCCUUAUAUAAUCAGCUUAUUUCCUUUGAAUGAUUAA